CGCGGCCGAGCAGGGAGCCCCGGCCGCGCGGGACCAGACUGCUCUGCGAUGACCACAGCAAGGUACCGGCCCACCUGGGACCUGGCUCUCGACCCGCUGGUGUCCUGCAAACUGUGCCUGGGGGAGUACCCCGUGGAGCAGAUGACAACCAUCGCUCAGUGCCAGUGCAUCUUCUGUACUCUGUGCCUGAAACAGUAUGUGGAGCUCUUGAUCAAAGAAGGGUUAGAAACUGCAAUCAGCUGCCCAGAUGCUGCCUGCCCCAAGCAGGGCCGCCUGCAGGAGAAUGAGAUUGAAUGCAUGGUUGCGGCUGAAAUUAUGCAAAGAUACAAAAAGCUACAGUUUGAAAGAGAGGUGCUGUUUGACCCGUGUCGUACAUGGUGCCCAGCGUCUACCUGCCAGGCUGUGUGCCAGCUCCAGGACCUGGGCCUGCAGACCCCCCAGCUCGUUCAGUGCAAGGCCUGCGACAUGGAGUUCUGCUCAGCCUGCAAAGCCCGCUGGCACCCUGGCCAAGGCUGUCCAGAGACCAUGCCCAUCACCUUCCUCCCUGGAGAGAGCAGUGCCUCGUUCAAGCUGGGAGAGGAUGACGCAUCCAUCAAGCGCUGCCCCAAGUGCAAAGUCUACAUCGAGCGUGAUGAAGGGUGUGCUCAGAUGAUGUGCAAGAAUUGCAAGCAUGCCUUCUGCUGGUACUGCCUGGAGUCCCUGGACGACGACUUCCUCCUGAUCCAUUACGACAAGGGACCCUGCCGCAACAAGCUGGGCCAUUCACGCGCCUCUGUGAUCUGGCAUCGGACCCAGGUCGUGGGCAUUUUUGCUGGAUUCGGCCUCCUGCUCUUGGUGGCCUCCCCUUUCCUGCUCCUGGCCACUCCUUUUGUACUUUGCUGCAAGUGCAAGUGUAGUAAAGGCGACGACGACCCGUUACCCACCUAGAGGAAGACACAUUGCUGGACAAGACCCCACCUCCAGGAAGCGCGGCCCUCCCCGUCCCGCCGCCCCCUUCUCACUAAACAUCUCUCUUGCCUUAUGUGCCCCAUUGA